AGCGCGAGGUGGGGGCGCACCAGCCAAUAGGAGCGAGGAGGCGUGUCCGCACGGCGGGGAAGCGGGCAGGAAUUCCCGGACGAUGCCCCCGGGCCGCUGAGGUUUGGGGACAGCGACAACGCCGGGGGACAGAUGGCGACAGCCGGCAAAGGCGGCAAGCUGAAGGGGACAGGAGUGCGCUUCUCCACCGAGGGGACACCGGGCCAGCCCCGGGAGGGGACACAGGGCCACCCGCCGGGGGGGACACACGGCCACGUCCACUUCCAGGAGCAGCUGCACGACUCGGCCGUGAUGGUGACGCAGGACAAGGACGGACACUUCCUGGUCAAGGUGGGAUUCCUGAGGAUCCAGCACAAGUACGAGAUCACCUUCCUGCUGCCGCCCGUGCCGACGCUGGGCGGGGACGUUUGUCCCCUCCCUGUCCCCAACCCCAACCUGCGCGUCAUCAGCGUCACCUCCCUGCCCGAAGGGCACAGCGUGCGCUGCGAGUACACGGCGAGCAAGGAGGGGGUGCUGAUGGAGGAGCUGCUGCUGGCCGGACACAGCCCCAACCACGUCAAGGUCACCAUCCAGGCCCGCGUCAUGGACCGUCACCACGGGACGCCGAUGCUCCUGGACGGGGUGCGCUGCGUGGCGGCCGAGCUGGAGUACGACUCGGAGCAGAGCGACUGGCCGGGCUUCGACUGACCCCCAACCCCGCGGCGGGGAUCCCCCGAAAUCUCCAAAGUUUUGGGGACGGUCCCCAAAGCGGGAGGAGGGACCCCCAACCCCUCUGCCCCCCCCCGGCUUGUUGCUGCCGCCGCCGCUUCGCCCUCAACCCCGCGGCACCCCCCACGCCCCGGGGCGGGUUUUGGGGGAACCGUGCCUCUUUGGGGUGGGAAUUUUGCCCGUGGAAUUCGGGGCGGGAGCCGGGAGUCCCCCCGCCGUGGCUCUGGGUGCCCCCAGCCGCGUUCCUCGUGUUGCUGCCAGCGCCUCUUUUUCGUUUGUUCGUUCGUUCGUUCGUUCGUUUGUUUUUUCCUGUUUUUCUCAGAUUUUUUCCUGGGGUUUUUUUCCCUCCUCUUUUCCCGUUUUUUUUUUUUUUACUUUCCCUCAUGGCACAAGGGCCAGGAGCGGUUUUUCAGGAGGUUUUAUGUGCCUAUAUAUAUAUAUAUGUAU